AAAAAGAGCUGAGCAGAGCUAGGGACUGCAUGGUGGCUUCAGAAACGGCUUCCUUAAUUCAAAGAUAACAAUGGUUGGGAAGGCCAGAUCUUCUAAUUUUACCUUAUCUGAAAAGCUCGAUUUGCUAAAACUCGUGAAGCCGUACGUUAAAAUUCUCGAGGAACAUACCAAUAAGCAUUCUGUAAUAGUGGAAAAAAACAAAUGCUGGGAUAUCAUAGCUGAUAACUACAAUGCCAUCGGAGUAGAUCGCCCUCCUCGCACUGCACAGGGCCUGCGCACGCUGUACAAGAGGCUCAAAGAAUAUGCCAAACAGGAGCUAUUGCAGCAAAAGGAGACUCACUCAGAUUGUAAAAGCAGCAUUUCCGAACCAACCAAGAAAGUUGUGGAGAUGAUUCCACAGAUUUCCAAUGUGUGUUUAAGAGACAGGAGCGGUGUUCAAAGUGCUAGUAUCGAUAAAGAAACAAUUGCUGGCACCAGUUCACCACAGGCAAUGUUGGAUCACCAUCCUGCGACAGUCACGAUGGAGUUCAUCAAACCUCCUCCUUCUUUGAUUAUAGACUCACAGCAAAGUGAGACCUUAGAAGAAGAGGAAGAACACCAGCUGGUGCAUAUUAUGGAAAGGUCUCCUUCAACAUCAGUAUCUUCAGUUGAUAUGAGAGUGAUGAUGUCUCCCUCUCCUGUACCAAGAAGAGAUGAGUUUUUUAGGCUUGAAGUUGGAGAACGCUUUAGACCAAUGUGUGGUUAUGACCCACAAAUGUUACAAAUGCUGAAAGAAGAGCAUCAAAUAAUAUUAGAAAAUCAAAGAAAAAUUGGUCUUUAUGUCCAAGAAAAAAGGGAUGGUUUGAAAAGAAAGCAGCAAUUGGAAGAAGAACUGUUGCGAACAAAAAUUAAAGUAGAGAAGCUGAAGGCAAUACGACUACGCCGUGAUCUGCCGGAAUACAGCAAUAUCUAAAUAUUUUAUUACUUCUGUCAUAUUAUUUGAAAUACUGAAUAAUAAAUGCUUUUGCCCUAGCAAAAUUGUUGCUUAGGUUAAUAUGGAUGGAUCAAAAUCUGGGCUUCAGAGAUGAAAGCAUAUUUUCUGUGUUGUUGUUUGUGUACCUUGGAAAAAUACCUUGUAUGGGUUUGAAUGCACCAACCCUCUGGUCUGAACUAUAAUCAAAUCC